UAUCUAUGGUCCAUAGACCUAAAUGGAACCAAACCUUAAUUCAUGUCAUUCAUAACACUUGUGCUUACCCCUGCUAUUUCAUGUGAAAAUAGCUGCUGUGAACAAGGUCUUUUGAUCCCUGCAUUUCAGAGUGCAACAGAAGUGUAGUAUAGUGUUUUCUUUGGUAAUUGCCUGAAUAGUGGCAUGUAAGGCUUGAGCCACAGUAUUUCAUCAUCAUUUCUACUUAUAUGGCACUUUUCAAAAGAAAGUUACAUGUUCAAAGACUGUUAAGGGACAGAUCAAUAAAACCUAAAGAUAGUAAGGGAUAAAUAGAUUCAACCAUGAGGAUCAAAAAUUGAUGGCAAAGCAAGGAUGAAAAUAAAUAAAAUCCAAAUGUUAUGAUAGGUGACUUAAACAAUGAGACUGACAAUGAUACAACUAAAACAGAACAGGUUAGCCAGUAACAAGAUGUUAAAACAGUAGUCUAAGUUUUACUGCAGAUGUUUGAGUGCACUGGAGGUGCUCUACUUCUUUUUGAUUAAGACAGGUAAGCAAGGCACUGUAGUUCUCAAGGCAAGGUAGGAUUCCAUGUAUAAUCCUGUCUGAAUUGCUGAAAUUCAAGACAGAUGUAAUUCUGACAAGCUUUGAUACUGGCAGACAUUAUCUAGGCUUUUAUCUAAGACAAAAAUGUAGUUUACGUUCCACAGUGUGUGGUACAUGGGGGCUGUUGUGUCUAUACAGUAUGUACACACAGUACACACAUACAGAACACAUGCACAUGAGCCAUGUGAGCAAGAUUAUGAGUCUUUUGUUUAGUUUUGUGUAGAUUCCCCCUCCUCCUUACCCAUUCCUUCCCUGCCCACACAUAAACACAUUCACCAGCACUCACAUAUUGACCUCCUACCCAUAAUUUUCAAAUGCAGUCCCUUUACAGCCCCUUUCCUUUUUCCUCUCCCCUCUCUCUCCAUGUUUUAUGGUUCCAGUCGGAGCAGUGUCUCAUGAAGUAUGAUUAGCCCUUAAAAACAAAAAAGCGUCUUUGUGAUCAUGGAAAUGAUGUGUUUGUUUCUGUUGAAUUCAUUUUUGUCUGUACAAAGGGUGACAUAAUAAAAGACACUUAUUUAUAAGAAACUGCCUCACUGUGAUCCUUUGGACAGAAAAUCAACCUUGAGGACUGAGUAAUCUGUAGAAUAAAUCCGUUAAUUCAGCUUCCCUAGAUAGCAUGGUAGAGUGGAUACAGUGUAAAAACAGUGUAACAUUAGUGAUGUCCAUACAAUACAAAGAAGUGGAGGUUGCAGUUCCCACUCAGACACAUACUCACUCCUCCCUCGCACACACUAACAUGGCUCUGAGUUGUGCUCACUUACUGAGGUUUGCGGUUGAACCUCGGGCCAUCCAACCACUGAAGAGAGGGGACAACAACUGUCCGCCAUCUUGUCAGUGCUGCCGAGCAUAUGGUAGCUCAUACUCAAGACAACAAUGGCUCUGAAUGUGGCAGGUCUGCUGGUGAUGGGGUUAUUCUACAUGCUGAUUUUGUGCACGGGCAUCUGGGCGUCCCUGCGCUCUAAGAAAGAAGAGAAAAAGUGUACCGGAGACGGCAUGGAGAUAACGCUGCUGGCAGGACGCAAUAUCAACCUCCUAGUCGGCAUCUUCACACUCACUGCUACCUGGGUGGGUGGAGGCUUCAUCCUCGGCAUAGCUGAAGCAGUUUACAACCCGACCUUAGGUCUGGUAUGGGCUCUCAUGCCUGUGCCCUAUGUCCUGACCUUCUUCUUAGGUGGCUUUUUCUUUGCUAAGCCCAUGAGGGAAAACAAGUAUGUGACAAUGAUGGACCCGUUUCAGAAGAAGUAUGGGAAUGUCCUGAGCAGUGCACUUAUCAUGCCUGCACUGGUGGCUGAUGUCCUUUGGGUGGCACGCACACUAGUCAGCCUAGGUGGAACUAUGAGUGUGAUCCUGGACCUGUCCUAUGUGUACUCCAUCAUCAUCUCUGCAGUAGUGGCCAUAGUCUACACACUGCUGGGGGGGCUCUACUCUGUGGCCUACACAGACGUCAUCCAGCUCAUCCUCAUCUUCGUCAGCCUGUGGGUGUGCGUUCCCUUCAUGUUGACCAACCCUCACUCGGUGGACAUCUCGCAGACGGCCUACACACAGGCUUUCCAGGCCCCCUGGAUUGGCACCGUGGAGCUCAAGGACGCGGGCAAGUGGUUCGAUGACUUCAUGGUGCUGGCUUUGGGUGGUCUGGCCUACCAGGCGUUCUACCAGAGGAUCCUGUCGGCCUCGUCUUACACCCAGGCCCAGGUCACCUGUUUCGCCUCUUCAGCUUUCUGCCUGGUGCUGGGGAUUCCCUCCAUGCUGAUCGGAGCGGUGGCCGCAUCAACAGACUGGAACACGACCACGUACGGUUUGCCCUCCCCAUACGAGCGUGGAGAGGCGGGCUCCAUCCUCCCCAUCGCCCUGCAAUUCCUUACCCCCACCUACAUCUCUAUCAUUGGCAUUGGAGCAGUAGCCGCUGCCGUCAUGUCGUCCAUGGACUCAGCCCUGUUGUCCUCUGCCUCCCUGUUCUCAUCUAACAUCUAUAAGAACAUCAUCAGGAAGCAGGCAUCAGACAAUGAGAUGCAGUGGGUGAUCCGUAUUUCAGUGGUGGUGGUGGGUCUCUCUGGCACUGCCCUCACCUUCCUGGACAACAGCGUCCUGGUCUUCUGGCUUGUGGGUGUGGACAUGUCCUACACCAUCAUGUUCCCUCAGCUUGUGUGCAUCCUCUUCUUUAAAAUAUCCAAUGGUUAUGGCGCAACUGUGGGUUACAUCAUGGGAGUCGUUCUGAGGGUCCUGAGUGGUGAGCCCCUCAUCGGCCUCCCACCAGCCAUCAAGUUCCCCGGCUGCCGGCUUGACGCAGAGGGGAAGUUAACCCAGUUCUUUCCCUUCCGUUCCACCAUCAUGGUCAUCUCAAUGUUGUCCAUCCUGCUCUUCUCCUGGUUGGCCUCUAUCGUUUUCAACAAGGGUCUGCUGUCCGAGAGGUGGGAUGUGUUUAAAAUCAAGCAGGCAAAAGCAGCAGCGGCAGCAGCCAGAGCCAUGGAGGAGAAGGAGACUUUGUCAAAUGACAAAGAUCUUGCCUUGUCCAAUCAUUUACUGGACACCACCAGCUGCUAAGCAGACUCCCAGAGAGAGAGAGGAUGGGUGCUGGAGGCAGGCAUUUUUGUCUGUCUGCCAAGCAGGAGUUCACAGAGGGGGAACAAUGGCAAGGGCUAGACAUCAACAUCAACAGUCCCGCGGUGUGUUUGUGAUGAUGAUAUAUAGACCUGAAUUAGCAGUUUAUUUGAGUGUGAUCUCAGUCAGCCUCAGUCUCCUCUGUGAAAAAUAAAAUAAUAUUAAGCAGUUUAGCUAUUUGGUCCCUCUCAAGAUUUCUUCCCUUUUCCCCAUGAUCUUUGGGUUUUUGGGGGGAGUUUUUCUUGCUUGCUAUGACGGUUCAAGUCAGAGGGUGUCAUCUUGUUUUGUUUGUUGUAAACAGUGGGGCCUGGAAAUCCCUUUGAGACUAUAAAGGGUGAUUUGGGGCUUUAAUUCCACUUGACCUUGAGCUUGGCUAGCAAGUUUACAAUAGCAAAUGAGCCAUUUGCAUAGUUUAUGGCAUCUUACUUGCAUACUUAGAGACGAUUCUUAUACAACAGUCUGAAUUAUUAUAAAAUGCCAGAGUUUGUUUUGUUUUAAGAUCAAAUAAAUUAGUCACAUAUAUAUAUAUAUAUAUAUUUGUAUAUAUCAUCAUACAUCACUGUAUCGCAGCAGUCGUUGCAAAGAACACAGAAGCAACUUUGACUGUCACAAGGCGUCAUCGAAUAUCAUUGGCAUAUGUGGAAAGGAUUAUGAGAGAUGUUUGAAAAUGCUAAGAUGUGGAUAUAUGAGUUCACAAUAAUACAACUUUUACCUCCUUUUAUUAAGUAAAUACUACUCAAUAAAAAAAGACAUGUAGAUUUGUACCAAUUUAUAAAAAAUUACUUUUAGCACAUCUCAACAAAGUUUGAAAGUGCCCAAGUAUAGAGGAAGGAAGUGCCUCAUCCUUGUUGAUUGACCUGAAUUUGGUUCUUGAAGACCACUGCACUGUGGCAACCGCAUUAUGGCACAAAGAGACUCACACAAGAGAUAAAUUCCAUCCUAAAGGAAACGACCAGCCAAACAAGACAGCAAACCACAUUCACAACAUGUGUUUUUGUUAUUCAUUUUUAUUUUCCGUUCCCGUGAGAGGGCAACGGUUUGUUCAGCCGCAGUCUCUCAGGAAAUGGAAUGCAGCAAGCCAUCCUCUUCACCCCUCUGUGAAUAAACACAAUGCACCUCCACCUGGGUGCAGCUCGCAGUGGCAUGAGACAUGUCUCACAACGCCGCACUGUGCUGCUCAUGCGCCGUGACGCUAAUUUGUCUCCCAAAUCUCUGUUGACAGUUUGCACCCAUAUUCAGACAGACAGGGCUAUCUCUCACAGAAGAACAAAACAAGCAACCCAACGCACAACGUCAUAACAAAGCACAGAUUGUGUACAGUAACAGUAAUCAUACAUGACUAAAUUGUAGUCCAUGCAAACUAACAGCUUUAUAAUCCACAAGUCACUGCCAUGUGACAUUAUACACAUGAAUCUGCAUAUGAGGCGAGUAUGGCAGUUGCUUUUACCUCCCUCGCUGAAUUACACAUCACUCCAUAAAAAUCAGACUGUUUUUAAUCCAUGUUUUUACAACACUGUGGCAAAGUUUUACAGCACCCAGGUAUAAAAGAGAGAAAUGGGUCACCCUUACUUAUUAGUCUGACUUGAGUUCUUGAAAAUUGCAGUGCUCUGGUGACUGCUGUGGUAAAAUCCUAUAGCAAAUUCAAGCAAUAACUAAAACCACACACAACCGUCAACACUGGAACUCAAGUGAAAAAAAAGCACUAUUUCAGGCUUUUAAAUGCUCAUUUUCUGUCUUUGCUCUGUUUACUACUUAAUAUCCCCCUGUUUUAUUGUGAACAACAACACUGAGAGCCAAAGCUGUGGUCUCUACCAACGCAGGAACUUGGUCCCCCACCCGUUUGUAAUUACAGGCAGUCAUUUUCAGCCCAUUCCUUGUGGGAUGGUUCCUAUAGUCAAAAGCUGCCAGUUGUCUAGUAUGAUGUAUAAAUGUAUCUCGAGCUUUCCUACAACUGCGUGGUGAGAGAGAAUGCCAGAUACUGUAUCUUCCAUGUUUUCCCCUCCUCCUCACUCCCCCCCACUUUCUUCUCCUCUUUCUUCUCCUCCACCAGUCUGGAAAGGUCCUAGAGAUGUAAACAGUGCCUUUCACAGUAAAGUGUAAAUGAUUUUGUACUGUACACUUAUUUUCUAUGACUAUAUAUGCAAAGUUGUAGUUUACAAUGGGCUGAUUUUUCCCCCUCUGGGAGUUGUGAGAAAGUUGUUUUUUUUGUUUUUUUUUUCACAGUAGUACAUUUUUUCCUCUGUUUACUAAUUAGAUACUGGUAAGAGAGCAGACAUGAGAAGACGAUGAGCCUCGAGGUUUUUACAUAUUUACUGUAUGUUUUUGUACUGAGCCGACACAGUUGUUUGGUGUCCAAAGAGAUAACUGAUAAUGAGUGACAGUGAGAAGGGCUUCCUCUACCAAACACUUUUUAUCCAAAACUGUUCUCUCUCAAAUGUCAACAGUAAUUGCUGGACAGCAUCAAGUGACUAUCUAGUCGCUAUGUUUCAAAUACCUCGGAGCGGACAUGUUGGCUUUAAAAACAUCGCAGUGCUAGCCACAAUUUUAUCUUCAAUCCAAAGCAUAUGAAUGUCAGAACUUGUCAUUUUUCCAAAGACUAUAUGGCACAGAACAAACUGUUAUAAAACAGGAGGUCACAUGCAGAAAUCGACGCAUGCAUCUGUUUAUAGGUGUAAUUAUGGGAUUUGUGCCUGUAUUAUACUCUGUACAGCCUUAUCAUAUAUUAUCGUGUAUAUUUAUAACAAGUUUUUAUCAGAGUUCACCAUUACGUAUCAUGAAACUGAAGCGUUUUAGCAGAUUGAUACAAUAAUACAUUUUAUCUCAAAACCAGCAAGAACUUUGCAUGUCAAGUAAAUUCACCUUUGGCCAUAUUCAGACCGUUUGGCACCAGUUCACUUGGGUAGCACUGAAUCUGGAGAGAUGUGGCCUUUAGAAGCAAAAAUGUCCUACACAGCUGUGAAAACAUGCACCAUCAGGACCCCUCUGUGAACGUUAUCUAAAGGAAGCCCUUGGAAAAAUUGCUGCCAAACCUUGGUUAAUCAUCAACAAUAAUAGACCUGACAAAUGGAGAGUGCAUAUAUUGCCAUCUGUACAUUACAUUUGAGCAAAGAUGUUGCAUUUCUAAACUUAGAGACUCGAAAAAUAAAAUAAAUACUAUCUCAUUAAGGUAAAAAAUGACAGUAUUGCUGAGUGGAUUCAUAUAAAGCCGUUCACAACACAGACAGUGGUUUCUAGAUUUUCAUCCCCCAUCAUAUGUAUUUGGUUUUUUACUAUUAUGCAUGUUGAUUCUUGUUACUGUUGUUUUAUUACUGAGCUUUAGUGAAGGCUGUUCUCUCUUGCCACUUGGCAAGGUCCUACUUUGUAAUCAAUUAUGUAAAUCCCCAUGGGGUGAUGUUCUGUUGGAAUAAAAGGUUAAUAAAA